AUGGCUGGACCUCAACCACUUAUUGCUUCUCGUGGUCCCCUAGUGUUGGAAAUUGCAGUGCUUAAUCUUCUUGCACACCUGGGCCUUGCAACUAUCAUGGCCACACAACAACAACAUAAGCCUCCUGGGGCUAGUGCUAUGAAUGUGACUUCUUCGUCACAAGCUAAUCAGUGA